AAAUUUCAGUCUGGCUGAGCUGAAAUACGGAGAGCGCCGCGCCGCGCCGAGUCGUGCAGGAAAGCGCCCCGUGUUUGCUUUGGGAUUGAAUCUAAUCGCUGGAGCUUCUGAGUUCAGAGGAUUGAAUCACUGAAGGGACCCGGCAGGCGAGAGGAGAUCUCACUCGCAAAGGGAGAUACCCAUCCCCCCAUCCCUCUUUCUCUCUCUCUGUCUCUCUCUCUUCUUCUCCAACCUGGUCCAGGCCUCCGGCCACGCUGCAGAACCCGCAGCAUGGACGGCUUUUAUGACCAGCAGGUCCCUUUCAUGGUGCCACCCAGCAAAUGUCAUGCCGAGGAGCCGGCCUGCAGGCCGCUGAGUGACAGGAAGAGGAAGUUUGUGGACACUGAGCUUGCCCAGGACACUGAAGAGCUCUUUCAGGACCUGAGUCAGCUGCAGGAAAUAUGGAUAGCUGAAGCCCAGGUACCUGAUGACGAACAGUUUGUUCCAGAUUUCCAGUCGGAUAACUUGAUGUUCCAUGGCCCUCCUCAAACUAAAGUGAAGAGGGAGACGAGCCCGAGCAGAGAGUUUUCCCCCUGUGGACAGGAGCAGAGACUCUCCCCGUACGGAGAGAAGUGCCUUUACAACUACAGUGCCUAUGACAGGAAGCCAUUUGGAUUCAACAAGCCACUGACUUCACCGUCCACCCCUGUCUCCCCUUGUGACUCCUCCCACAACACAGGGACACACCCCCUGCAGAAGAGAGUAACACCCCCAAUCCAUACUCAGACACAGGGGCUGCCAGCACUGGCUGGCCACACCCACAAUCCAAGCCAAAACCACCACAGAACGCAGACACCAGUUCACAGCCAAAGCCCACCUUUCGCAGUGCCCCACCCACCUGUCAGUAACCCAGAUGCCUCCUACAGUACAGAUCACAGGUUCCACAGGCAGCUUUCAGAGCCAUGUCUGCCCUUUCCACAGCCCGAUGCCCGCUGCGGGACACCCUACCCUCCACAGACCCAACACUCUUUCCCACGGGACAGUCGACCCCCCUACCAUCGCCAAAUGUCCGAGCCCCUGGUUCCAGUUCCUCCGCGAGGGUUUAAACAGGAGAUGGUGGAUCCCCGAUACCCUGAACCGAGCGUGCCCAACAUGGGAGCCUCUCGGGCCCCUUUGUUCCAGCAAAUGUCCAUCAAACAGGAGCCCAGAGACUUUGGCUUCGACUCGGAGAUACAGAACUGCCAGACGUCUUUCGGAAAGACAACAAACUUCUAUCGGGCCAACAGUGAAGGGUUCAUUUACGACGGAGAGCCUCACCUCUACUAUGACGAUGCCUGUGUGGUGCCUGAGCGGGGUGAAGGGAAGGUCAAGCAGGAAGGGACGGGGUUCCGAGAGGGGCCGCCAUACCAGCGCCGUGGCUCUCUGCAGCUUUGGCAGUUCCUGGUCACCUUGCUGGACGACCCGUCCAACAGCCACUUCAUCGCCUGGACCGGCCGUGGCCUCGAGUUUAAACUCAUUGAGCCGGAAGAGGUGGCUCGGCGCUGGGGCAUCCAGAAGAACCGGCCUGCCAUGAACUAUGACAAGCUGAGCCGAUCUCUGCGCUACUACUACGAGAAGGGCAUCAUGCAGAAGGUAAAGGUGGCAGGUGAGCGCUAUGUGUACAAGUUUGUCUGUGACCCAGAAGCUCUCUUCUCCAUGGCCUUCCCCGAUAACCAGAGGCCCAGCCUGAAAGCCGACCCAGAUGGGGUGCAGGUCCCAGAGGAUGACACCGUCCCACUGUCCCACUACGACGAGGCCAGCGGCGCCCCCUACCUCAGAGACGGACGCGAUCAGUGCUUGGCAGGAUUACCUUUCCCCGACAGCUACGCGUUCUGAAUGUGUUCGGACUCCUAAUCGCCUCCCAGCCGCUGAGCAGGACUGACGAACACUCAUACACAUAAAAUCACAUACAUGCCGAUUUUUUUCCCUCCCCUUUUCUUUUUGAAAACACUUUUCUGCACACUUGAUUGUCACCUCAUCUUGUGAUUUGAACUGGUAUCAUGAUCAUAAACACACACACCACAGAUUCUCUCCUGUAAUGGACCUCUUAUUUUGUCUUGCAAGUUUUUUUUUUAAUCGAUGAAAAUAACUGAAAGGGACUCGGCAGUAUUUUUCAACAAGCUUCGGUUUUGUAUGUAUAAAUAUAUAUAAGUGUAUAUUUUAAAAGGCGGCUUUUGUGCGCUGUUUUUCUCCGUGUAGAGCCUGGUGUCUACUUUUCAGCUCUGUCCUUCUGAAAUCCUUUCUGACGAAAUGUACUGACGCACCUCUUGAUGCUAUUGAAUGCUGAACUUAUCGAAGUCUACAAGUAUCACCUUAAUAUGAAAGAUUCGCAGUUUUAAUCCAGCUGUGCAAGUGUACGUGCUUUAUCACUGGCCAGACAGAGUGCACGGGUUCUGCUUUUGUAUUAUGAUUUUAAUGAUUCUUCUGAACGGAGAUGGGUGGGAGGGGGCAGGAAUAUUGAAAGAGUAAAAUCUAUGUAUAUUAUAUGAGUAUAUUUUUGCAAAGUCUGCAUUUAUUUUGUGUCUUUGUAUAAGCUGUAUACCAGACUCUCAUCACUCUAAUAUCUGUUCAUUUUAUACAGUGGUGAGUGACAAAGUGGAAACUAUGGGCUAUGUUUAGACAGGCUUUCUUUUUCUUUUUUAAAAACAUGUAUCUGAAGUAUGAACAUCGGGAAUUUGCAUGUCAGUUCCAGUUUCUGCAUGGGAAAAAAAAAAAGAAUCGUACGCUUGAGUUUGUUGAUAUGCAAAGCAGUUCAUAAGUUCUCUAUAACAGAAGAACAUUCUUUGCAGUUGCACGGUACAGUGUGACAAUCCUGCAACCUUCAGCAACAAGUUUUGACCUGUGAAGACCCUCGGGCAGCUUGAAUUUCGGAACUUGUGAGCCGUUUUGCUUUUUUCAGUGGUUAUGCUUUUUAUAGUAACUGAUCACAAGCUUGUCUGAGCACAUAAAUCUGAUCAAGCUGCAGGAAAAACAGACAAAUUCUGAGCAUUACAGUUGCUGUCUAAAAGUAGCCCAGUGUUGGGUUUGUGCUCAAAGCCUUUGUUACAAAGAGCCAUGUUGAGAAGACCCAGUAACUGUUGUUUAAGGGUGGGUCUGCCUUGUAAUCGUAAUGGUCUGACUUACUGUCAGGGGAACUGAUCUCUGUUCAGCAGUCAGAAGGACAUGGUCCCUGUAACAUGAGCUUCACGGGUAACUUGGGUGUCCCUACCUCCACUAUUGAGCUUUUUAAUCUGUUCUGGAUACAAUAAACUCAUUUCUGCUUCA